GUGUUUUGCUUUUUGCAACUUUUUUUUCGCAUAAGAUGACUUCAAGUGGUGCAUCCUCCUCAACCGCAGUUCCUCCUCUGCCUCAAACCUCCACCAAAUUCUUCGUUCAAAGAGGGGGAGCUCCUUUGAACCCCCCUGACUCAGAGUCACAGACUGAAGUCGAAUAUCAGGUUGAAAAAAUUCUGGACAAACGUCUAGGAAAAGAUGGCAAACCAGAGUACCAUAUCAAAUGGGUGGGAUACGACUUGUUAGACGCCACUUGGGAGCCAGAGUCUAAUCUGUCUUGUCCCAGGAAGAUCGACGACUUCGAGACUGUCAUGAAGGCUGUCCAGCUCAAGUUGGAACAGGCCGCAUACCGCAAGAAGAAAGAGACGGAAGGCAAACAGCUGAAAGAGUACAUCCAGCCAGCACAGAGAAUAAUCGAGUGUGGACAAAACGACAAAGGACAGACAUUCUUCCUGAUCAAGUGGAGCCACACUGAGAACAUGGACUUGAUUCACAGACAGGAGGCGGUGGAGAAGUACCCCCAGUUGGUUAUCGAUUUCUACCGAUCAGCCAUCAUUUGGGAGUAGAUAGAAUCAGAAUAUUAUGGAAGAGAUGAAGAAGACGCAAUAUCAAAAUCUGGAUAAUUUUCAAAGGGAAAAAGAAGCGACUAUCUCAAUAUUUGAAAGGCUUUUUUACCAUUUACUAGAUAAUUUUGUUGAAGAGAUCAAGAAGCCGCAAUAUUUAAA